AUGCUUGGCUACCCCAAAAUCAUGGUGCUCACCGCACAAUUAGUUGCCAUAGCGACUGCGACUCCGGAAGUGAACAACAACGUCAAGCGCGACGUGUGGCCUGGAUGUUUGGAUCAGCACACAACCCGAGCACUCACGGACUCAAAAGCUAGCCGAUACGCAGGUGUUACAACCCCAAGUCCGGUGCGGUCCCCAAUGGCGUCCAACUGCAACAAGUUUUGCUGGGUUCCGCCAGGUGCCUGGUGCGAGUCCGUAGCGAAAAACAACGGCAUCACCACUGAGAAAUUUGUCGCUUGGAACGCUUAUGUCGGCCUCAAGUGUGAUGGGCUCUGGGCCAACUACUACGCCUGCGUCGGUGUUGGCGAGUAG